AUCGCCACCGCCAUUGUUAGUUUAAACGAAGUUAUUGAAAUUCAGUCGGGAAGAAUGGAGGGAAGAAGAGAAAUAGUGGCAAAUUCUGCUUUACAUUUGAACAUUGUAGGAAGAGGGCUGACUCACGAUCCCGAAAUUUUGAGGCAAAUUGACUCGCUCAAGAAAGAAAUCGAUAAAAAGGAUGAAGCAAUACUGAAGCUAAACAAAGAUUUGCGAGAUCUAAGAGAGCAAAACGAUAAUCUACAGAUUACUGUGAAGUCGAAGGAUAAAGAAAUCAAAACUCUGAGGGAGAAGAUUCAGAAACUGGAAAGUGAGAAGAAGACAUUGGAAACGAAUUUAAAAGCUGUUCAAGUCGAACUGGAUGCCGUGAAAAACGAGGUCGCCGAGAUGAAGGAUAAAAAUACAACACUAAAGACGGAUGUUGCCAAAUUGUCGACAAGAGUGGAUGAAGUCACCAAAGAUCUCGACGAAAGUAUGAGAGAAAAGUCGAAUCUUGAAGAGAAAAAUUCAACACUGGAGUUAACUGUCGAGAAAUUGUCAAAGAAGGUGGAUGGCAUGACUGAAGAUCUUGAAGAAAGCAUAAGCGAAAAUAGGUCUCUAAAGAAGGAAGUCGAUGAUCUACGAGAGAGUCUGGAAAUGGCAAACAAGGUGCUAGCGGUUCCCGAGCGAAUGGCUUUACCAUUCAUCCCCUCGGCUGAUCCACUGAUUAGUGCGUCUUUGGUCCUGGGUGAGUUAUGCUGGCAAAUUCAAGGAAUGAUGUACCAACAUGUGUUUCCAAACUCUUAUGACUCUAAGAAGAGUUACAAGAUGAAACACAUUGAGCAAGAUAUCGAUGAUCUUGAAGACGAGCAGCAAAGAAAAGAAGCGAAGAAGAUAUGGAGUGAGUUAAAAGAAAAGGUCAAAUGUAAAAGGCAACACAUAAGAGCUAUGAAGUCUAUCCAAGAUGGCCGAAAUGUGACGGCCCAUCCCGUGAUUGAUGAAGUCCUCGUGGAUACCUCGGUGAGAAUCAUGAAUCAGGCAGGAAAGCUGGAAGACUGGCACUCGUUACCAAUUGUCAAUGAACUGAUAGCAAUGUGGAAGCAACUGGCACAAUCGAAGUAA